AUGCCUCCAUCACCAAUAAGAGAAGACUUGGUUGUUCAAUAUGUGCACAUCCCACUCGAACCCAGAUCAAAUCCAACUGGGACUUUGAUCCAAUCAAUGCCAAUGGCUGCUAUGUUCAUGAAAAAUAAAUUGUUAGGCUGGAGUGGUCUCACCUUUGCUGUCCAGAAUUACUUGACCUUCCAUCACGAUUUAAAACAGCCAGAAGAUGCUGCAAGUCCUUUAUUGUCCUUAGCCUUUGGUUUUGGCGGUUUGAUUGCUAGCUACACUGAUUUUAUCUUUCCUGUUCCAAAAUCAACCAAAAUCAUUGGUAAGACUGCUGAAAAGAUUGCUGAAACUGUGACUUCAGUAGUUUCAAGUGCCACCAGCACUGCGACAGCUUAA